UGUGCGCCUCACUGAACUUGAGGCUUAAGCCUCAGGAUUCUUAUACAAAGGCGACACUGGCAGCACUCUCCACCAAACAAACUGAGAAGAAAUUCCUUUAGCCAUCUGAACUACUCGCUGCUCCAUUACAUCUCCUGUUUAUAUAAGAAUACUUUAACAAAAAGAGAAGAGAUCAGCUUAAUUCUAUCCAAGACAUCCCAAUAGAUCCACGGUAUGGCAGAAUCUGAUCCGUGGUUCGAUGUAGUUGUGUUCUCUGAUUCUGUUUGUAAUUGUUGAGUAUGAAGCGGUUGUCUGCGAUCUGAGAACCAGAGGAAUGCUGGGCGCCCUCCAAUUCGGCGUCUUGGCGGCGUCUAUCGUCCUCUUUGUUCCAAUGGGAAUGGCGGGGUGGCAUCUCAGUCGCAACAAGAUGCUCUUCUUCAGUGGAGCUCUCUUCAUCACCCUUGCGGUAGGUGUUCAUCUCACACCUUACUUCCCUUCGAUUUCCGAUCUGGUUUCUUCUUUGUCAGCUUCUGUUGUGCUAGAGAAUCGAGAUUCCUGUGUUUCUUUUCUUCAUGAGAUUGUUUGGGAUGUACAACCGGUUAGGGUUAGUGAAUUCUCUUCAAACUCUUCGAAUUAUGAAGAAUCAUGGAGUUGGGCCCAGUCUACGCCUGUAACUGCUUGUGGGUUUCAAAAAUUGGGUCGUUCUGAUGCCUCGGAUCUGCUUAAUGGGUCCUGGAUUGUUGUAGCUGGGGACUCACAAGCACGACUGGUUGUUCUGUCGUUGCUGAAUUUAGUUUUGGAUCCGGAGGAGAUGGAAUCUAUCAGAGGUGACCUGUUUAAACGACACAGUGACUAUAAAGCCUUGAUUAAAGGAAUUGGAGUGAGAUUGGAUUUUAUUUGGGCACCUUACACUAGGAAUCUGACUGAAUUGCUUAUGGAAUUUAAGCAUAAUCGGCAGUAUCCUGAUGUAUUGGUAAUGGGGUCUGGUCUGUGGCAUAUGUUACACAUCACGGAUGCAAUGGAUUAUGGUGUUUCUCUAAGAUUGAUGAGGAGAUCGUUGGUCUCGCUUUUGCCUAUUUCUCCAGAUUUUGGAAUGGAUGGGCCUGUUACAGGUUCUAUUUCCAUCCGAUCACCCCAUAUGUUUUGGCUUGGAAUGCCAACUCUGGUAAGCUCAAUGUUAAAUACAGAGGAGAAGAGGGAGAAGAUGAGCAGUGUGAUGUAUGAUGCUUAUAAUAGUGAACUCUAUGAAAGUAAACUUUUGCGGCAGUCUGGCGGUCCACUCCUGCUUCUGGAUAUCCAGUCUUUGAGCAGGAACUGUGGGGCUCUGUGUACUGUUGAUGGAAUGCAUUAUGAUGGAGUUGUUUAUGAAGCUGCAAUUCACAUCAUGCUCAAUGCAUUGCUUAUUGAAUCUCAGCAACAGCUUUGAAAGGGAUAUGGGUAUUUUUGGUUUCUUCAAUUUUUAAACCCUUUAUUGAAAAAUACAAGCAACUAUAUUUGAAGUACACAUGUGGCAAACAAAGAAAUUCAAAAUAUUUUAUCUGCAUGAUCCUUACAAGAGGUCAGAGUUUCCCAUCUAAUCUUGUACUUUUUCUUUUACCCAUCUUUUCCCCACAUUCAGAUUAAGUUGGUAUUGACUUUGUUUCUUUUUUCAUAAUAGCCUUUUUAUGGGGUGAGGGGAGGUUCCUUUCCUUUUUUUUUCUAAUUUCCCCUCUGUUAAUAUGUACGAAUAUCUACUCAUACCUUAUCAUCUGUAUUUUGGAGAAGAGUUUGGAUGUUAAAAAAUUAAUUUUUGAGUUGAACAGUUUAAGAAGUUCAAUUUGUGCAGCAUAGCAUA